AGCGCGGGGCUGGUCGCAUCAGUCAGGAGGAGGAGGCGUGCUCUUUUUGCGCGUUGCAUCGUUUGAUGAUCUCCCCGGUUUCCCCCUAAUUCCACUCCCUGCUCAUCUGUGGCUGAAGUCGGUCACACAAAAGCGACUGAGCAGACUUUACCUGUCGGAGGAGUCGUGCUUGACUUUCCGCCGGCUUUGCAGAGCCGUGUGAUCCGCACCGGUCAGCGGGGCCACGCCGCGCCACUUUGGAUAACUCCCACCCACAGCUGUGGAUCUGCCGCUCGCAUCCAAGGCGCGUCCCGCACCAAGAACCACUGAAUACUUUACCAUGUAUGACUGAAAUCAGACAUUUUAGGUGACUUUUGAUUAUCUCACAUUUCUUUUUUUUCUUUUUUUUUUUUUUUGGUUGUUUUUAUUUCCUUCAUUUUCAUCACUGAAAUCUCUGGAGGGAAAACAAAAAUCCACGGUGGCAACACAAACCUAAAACUCGCAUUGUGCGUGUAGGGAGGGUAUUCUUUUUGCCCAAGAUGCAUGUAGAUCGGAGCUGUGUGCUUUCUAGUGCGUGGUGUGCGUGUCUGCUGUUACUUUUCUCAACUCUCAGCACCAGGGUCACUGAGGUGGGAAGUUCCCACCAAAGCAUCCCUCCAUCCGUGGUAAAGCUGUGGGCUUCAGCGUUUGGUGGGGAGAUGAAGUCUAUUUCUGCAAAGUACUCUGGCUCUCAGCUGCUGCAGAAGAAAUACAAGGAGUUUGAGCGAGCAGUGCGGGUGGAGGAGAUAGAUGGGCUGCGGCUGGUAAAGAGACUGGCAGAAGACAUGGAGGAGAUGUUUCACAAGAAAGCCCAGGCAAUGAAGAGGCUGGUGGAGGCAGCAGAAGAGGCCCACCUACAACAUGAAGAGGAUCCAAACCUACAGUAUGAAUACUUCAAUGCGGUGCUGAUCAAUGAAGUGGAUGAGGUGGGGAACAAUGUAGAACUGGGAGGAGAAUUCAUCCUACAGCCGAAUGACCAUUUUAAUAAUCUGUCGGUCAACCUCAGCCUCAGCGUCGUCCAAGUGCCCACCAACAUGUACAACAAAGACUCUGCUAUUGUCAACGGUGUGUACUGGUCUGAGGCCUUGAAUAAAGUGUUUGUGGAUAACUUUGAGAGAGACCCAUCACUCAUCUGGCAAUAUUUUGGCAGUGCCAAAGGCUUUUUCAGACAGUACCCAGGGAUCAAAUGGAAGCCAGACGAACAUGGCGUCAUUGCUUUUGACUGUCGUAACCGGAAGUGGUACAUCCAGGCGGCCACCUCUCCAAAGGAUGUUGUAAUUUUGGUGGACGUCAGCGGCAGCAUGAAAGGCCUCAGACUGACCAUUGCCAGACAGACUGUCUCCUCCAUACUGGACACUCUUGGAGAUGAUGACUUCUUCAACAUUAUUGCUUACAAUGAAGAGUUGCAUUAUGUGGAGCCGUGCUUGAAUGGAACUCUGGUCCAGGCAGAUGUCACCAACAAAGAUCAUUUCCGGGAGCACCUCGACAAGCUGUUUGCUCAAGGCAUUGGAAUGUUAGACGUCGCUCUGACUGAAGCCUUCAAUCUUCUCAGCGACUUCAAUGAGACUGGAAGGGGCAGUGUGUGUAGCCAGGCCAUUAUGCUGGUGACAGAUGGGGCAGUGGACACAUAUGACGCCAUAUUUGCCAAAUACAACUGGCCAGAGAGAAAGGUCCGCAUAUUCCCUUACCUGAUUGGUCGGGAGUCCGCCUUCGCUGAUAAUCUGAAAUGGAUGGCAUGUGCUAACAAAGGCUACUUCACUCAGAUCUCCACAUUAGCUGACGUGCAAGAGAAUGUGAUGGAGUAUCUCCACGUACUGAGUCGUCCCAAGGUGAUCGACCGGGAGCAUGAUACAGUUUGGACCGAGGCCUACAUCGAUAGCACUUUGGACGAUGGUCAAGGUCCAGUUCUGAUGACAACAGUGGCAAUGCCAGUGUUCAGUACAAAGAAUGAAACUAGAAACCGAGGCAUCCUGCUGGGUGUGGUUGGAACUGAUGUGCCUGUCUCAGAGCUGCUCAAGACCAUCCCCAAAUAUAAGCUGGGCAUUCAUGGCUACGCCUUCGCAAUCACCAACAAUGGCUACAUCCUCACCCACCCAGAUCUACGGCCACUUUAUGGUGACGGAAAGAAACGAAGGAAGCCAAACUACAGCAGCGUGGAUCUCUCUGAAGUGGAAUGGGAGGACAAGGAUGAUACGCUGAGAAAUGCCAUGGUCAACAGGAAGACGGGGACCUUCUCCAUGGAAGUGACGAAGAGUGUCGACAAAGGGAAACGUGUUUUGGUGUUACAUAAUGAUUACUACUACACAGACAUCAAGGGGACUCCUUUCAGUCUAGGGGUAGCUCUUUCCAGAGGCCACGGGAAGUUCUUCUUCAGAGGGAAUGUCACAGUGGAAGAAGGACUUCAUGACUUGGAGCAUCCUGAUGUAGCGCUGGCAGACGAAUGGACUUACUGCAACACAGAUGAGCACCCAGAGCACCGUUACCUGUCGCAAAUAGAAGCCAUCAAACUCUACCUCAGUGGACAUGAACCACAUCUACAAUGUCAGCCAUGUUUUCUCUCAGUUCAUAAAAUGGGCACAUUUAUAAUACUCUUAAUGAAUAAAUAUAAAUAUGUAAUUUACUUUGUUUUUUUAGGUGACAAGGAGCUGAUUCAGGAGGUGCUCUUCGAUGCAGUAGUGACCGCCCCCUUGGAGGCCUAUUGGACCAGCUUGGUGCUUAAUAAGUCUGAGAACUCUGACAAAGGGGUGGAGAUCGCCUAUCUGGGUACAAGGACAGGCCUCUCUAGAAUCAACCUCUUUGUGGUGCCCGACGAGCUCACGAACCAAGACUUCCUGACAGCUGAAGACAAAGAGGGGGUGUUUAACGCUGAUCACUUUCCCCUCUGGUACAAGAGAGCAGCAGAACAAGUUCCUGGUACCUUUGUCUACUCCCUGCCUUUUAAUAUAGGAUCAGAAAACAAGAGUGUUGUACUGGCGAGCACAGCCAUUCAACUUCUGGAUGAGAGGAAAUCACCCAUAGCUGCGGCUGUCGGCAUCCAGAUGAAACUGGAGUUCUUUCAGAAGAAGUUCUGGACAGCCAGCAGACAGUGUGCAGCUCUAGAUGGGAAGUGCUCCAUAAGCUGUGAUGAUGAGAACAUUAACUGCUACCUCAUCGACAAUAACGGCUUCAUUCUGGUUGCAGAGGACUAUACUCUGACAGGAAAAUUUUUUGGAGAAGCAGAGGGAGCUGUAAUGAAUAAGCUUCUGCAGAUGGGCUCUUUCAAGAGGGUCACCCUGUAUGACUACCAGGCUCUAUGCUGGGUGUAUUCAGAGAGCAGUGGCAGUGGACACACACUUUUGGAUCCUUACUUUGCUUUCUUCUCUGCUGUUAAAUGGAUCCUAACAGAACUUGUCAUAUUCCUGGUUGAGUUCAACUUGUACAGCUGGUGGUACUCUGACCUCACUGCAAAAGCUCAGAGGAUAGGCCGGUCCAUGCAGGUACCAUGUGAUACAGAGUACCCAGCCUUCGUCUCCGAGAGGACCAUCAAGGAGAACACAGGAAACACCGACUGUGACGGCUGCAUUAAGUCCUUUGUGAUCCAGCAGAUCCCCAGCAGUAAUCUCUUCAUGGUGGUGGUGGACAACAAGUGUGACUGCAGCAUGUUCGAGCCAAUCACCAUGGACCCCAUUGAAAUCAUGUAUAAUGAAUCUCUCAAGUGUGAGAGGUUGAAGAUGCAAAAGGACAGGAGACGCCCAGACACUUGCCACCCUUUCCACCCAGAGGAGAACUCGAUGGAGUGUGGAGGUGCUGUGGGUCUCACUCCAUCCCUCACAGCGACACUGCUCUGUGUCCUCCUGGCGCUGUUCCCUAGGUGACCACAACUGGCCACGCCCCUCCAUCCAGAUCUCACAUGGAUCGGCUUGGCUCGGCAUGCAAAAGAACCGCAACGACGCCACAGAAAACGACACCCCUUAUAAAUUUGCGCCCAAUUCCAAAACACCAUCUACGAAGCCCCUAGCCCUGAAGUAGUACGAUCCCUAACAGACACUUAUUUGAAAGGAUUGAUAACGGAUAGCUAUUACAGCUGCAAAGUAGUGAUUAAUAAGAUGCUUUAGCAAUUCCACGUAAGCUACACGAGGACGUUUUUGGGGAGACUCAAAGUAUUGAACAUAGUAAUAACCUAAUGCUAACAAUGCACUUAGUAGCUUAAAAACUGCACAAGUGGUCUAGUAUCAACCACAGACACUCUGAGCGCUAUGUUCAGUCCUUUCAGGUAGCAUAAGGGCUGGGGUCUGUGGCUGGGCUUGGAAUUUGACAUUAGAGCCACGUAACACCCAUGCGGAGAAAGACAAACGCACCUUUCCCCUUGGCCCACACUUUCCACGGACAAUUCUAAUCAUGAAAAUAAAAUGAAAAAAAAAAAAAAUACUGAUGUUGAAGAAGAUUAUAAGUGGCUGGGGUUGUAAUGAAAUGUUUGUCUGUUGUUUUUUUUUCAUGAUAAGAAAAAAUAUGUUCUAGUAUAAAUAUGAUGAAAAAAAAAAGAGUUUUAAAAAAGAGUUUUAUUUAUGAUUUGCAAGUGGUAACCAUAAACUGUGACUAUGAGAUUUUGAGUCCUCUGAUGUGAGUGGUUGUUAAUAUUUGAGCUUUGCCUUAUUGAACGAUAUUGGUCCUGUUUGUGUACUUUUGAAAUAAAAUGUUGUUCAAAAUUUA